AUGAGGGUCUUGGCCUGUCUCCUUGCAGUACUGGUGAGGAUCCAGGCUGUGGAGCGGCUGCGCCUGGCCGACGGCCCCCACAGCUGCGCAGGCCGACUAGAGGUGUGGCAUGGUGGGCGCUGGGGCACUGUGUGUGACGAUGGCUGGGACCUGCGGGAUGCGACAGUGGCCUGCCGGGAGCUGGGCUGUGGGGCCGCGCUGGCGGCCCCCGGGGGCGCCUUCUUCGGGGAGGGCACGGGCCCCGUGUGGCUCAGUGAGCUAGCCUGCCGGGGCAGUGAGGGACAGCUGGGCCUGUGCCUGCCCCGGGGCUGGAAGCCCCACAUCUGUUCUCACGAGGAGGACGCAGGCGUUGUCUGUGCGGGUCAGCGAGCUGCCAGCUCCGGAGACCACUCGAUGUCCCCCCCAGAAGGAGAGCUGUGGCCGGGGCCUUCUGGGGAGCUGAGCCCUGGUUCAGAGGAGUCCCUGGCGACUCAUGCCCCCCACCAGGCUGGGAGCCCACAGAGCAGCCCCCGGAAGAAGAGCCCCCGGCUGCCCAAACAGGUCAAGUCUACCCGGGCCCCUCUACUGACCACUGGAGCCCCCCGCCAGGAGCGGCUGCGCCUGGUCUCUGGCCCCCACAGCUGCACCGGCCGCCUGGAGGUGUGGCACGGUGGGCGCUGGGGCACGGUGUGUGAUGACGGCUGGGACCUGCGGGAUGCAGCCGUGGCCUGCCGGGAGCUGGGCUGCGGGGCUGCGCUGGCCGCCCCCGGGGGAGCUCGCUUUGGGCCCGGCGCGGGGCCGGUGUGGAUGGAUGAUGUGGGGUGUGGAGGGGGCGAGCAGGCCCUCCGCGACUGCCCACGAAGCCCCUGGGGCCGGAGCAACUGCGACCACAGCGAGGAUGCAGGGCUGGUCUGCACAGGCCCCGCGCCCCGGCUGCGCCUGGCCGAUGGCCCCCACGGCUGCGCAGGACGCCUGGAGGUGUGGCACGGCGGGCGCUGGGGCUCCGUGUGUGACGACGCCUGGGACCUGCGGGAUGCUGCGGUGGCCUGCCAGGAGCUGGGCUGUGGGGCCGCGCUGGCUGCCCCCGGGGGCGCCUUCUUUGGGGAGGGCACGGGCCCCAUUGUCUUGGAUGACCUCCGGUGUCGGGGAAAUGAGACGGCCUUGAGAUUCUGCCCAGCCAGGCCCUGGGGCCAGCAUGACUGCCACCAUCGUGAGGACGCGGGUGCUGUGUGUGAUGGUAUGCCCCUUGGCUUCGUGCCCCCCACGGCCCCUGCUGCAGGCAGCAAUGGCUCAGCGCCCAGGGAGGCACUGCCCCGACCCCCUUUGGUCACACCGACUCCAGGCUCAGCGGGCAGCACCCCUCCUCCGGCCUCUCCCACAGUCCCUCUGGAACCCGGGCCUGAAGCAGGUGCCCCACAGCUGCGCCUGGUGGCCGGGCCCAGCAGGUGCUCCGGCCGGCUGGAGGUGUGGCACAGCGGGCGCUGGGGGACUGUGUGUGAUGACAGUUGGGACUUGCGGGACGCAGCCGUGGUCUGCCGGGAGCUGGGGUGCGAGGGCCCUCGGCAGCCAGACCCCACAGCAGGCCGCUUUGGCUGGGGUGCAGGCCCCAUCUGGCUGGAUGAUGUGGCCUGCGUGGGGACAGAGGCUUCGCUGUCCGACUGCCCCACGGCUCCCUGGGGAAAGCACAACUGCGCUCACAAUGAGGAUGUUGGGGUCACCUGCGUAGGGACCCCUGGCCUGGACACCAUCUCAGACCCCUUCAGCUGGAGCUGGCUCCCUGGGCCAGGUGGGGAUCAGGAUGCAUGGCUUCCAGGAGACCUGGCCACCAAGCCCUCUGCCAGUCUGACCCCCCGUGAGCUGGAGAAAACUACCACUAAGGCACCGGGGAAAACACCCAAGAGUACCAGGAAGUGGGUGACUAAACAUGCCAAGAGACCAACACCUCAGCCCCCCAGGGUGCCAAUCACAAAACGCGCCAGAGGCACCCAGAGUCCCCCAGAGCCAACCUCGCAGACUGCCACACCCCACACCACCACGGCCUUCCCAAAGCCAACUACGGAGCCCUCCGAAAGGCUGACCCCCGCAACUCCCCCCAGACUGGCCCCUGGGGAGGGGGCCUCCCUGGAGCCCUCUGCCCAGACUCCAGAAAGAUCUUCAGAAUCACCCAGCGACCUCUCCCCCUCCCUCACUAGUGCCCCCGGGGAGUCAGGCCCUUUCCGGCUUCGUCUGGCUGAUGGGCCCAGCAGGUGCGCAGGCCGGCUGGAGGUGUGGCACGCUGGGCGCUGGGGGACCGUGUGCGAUGACAGCUGGGACCUACGCGACGCGGACGUGGUCUGCCGGGAACUGGGCUGCGGAAAUGUCCGGCCUCGGGUGGGUAAAACCCACUACGGGCCGGGAUCGGGGCCUAUUUGGCUGGAUGACCUGGGCUGUAAGGGCAGCGAGACGUCGCUGAUCGAAUGCCUUUCUGGGCCGUGGGGCACUCACAACUGCGACCACGAGGAAGACGUGGGGCUCACCUGCACGGGUUACACAGAUGACCACGAUUACCCCCCCUGGACCUGGGACCCCACCCCAGGAGAGGACCUGGGCAAAGAGAUCACCACAGCAGUGGGGCCUGGACGCACUCUUUCCUGGGGCACCCUCCAGCACCCCAGAGCCCCAUCCCCAGCAGUACGGCGCCCACCACACACAGGUUCCCCGCGGGAGCGGCAGCGCAACACUGGCCGGACAGUGGCCCCGGCCACGGCCACAACCCCGACCCCGACCCCGACCCCGUCGCCCUCCUCCGGCUGGCUGCGGCCCUCCAGCCCACCGCUGACCUCGGGUUCCACGCCACGACUCCUCCCCAGCUCGACCGAAAAGCAGGUGGUGACUGGGGAUCCCCCCGACGCCUCGUCCGCCACCGGCCGGCCCUUCCCGACGCGGCCUGGCCUGGCCCUGCCCACCCCCGACUCCGGGGGACUUCCGGCGCUGGCCCCGGGGCACCCCUCCACCCCGCCGGCCUCCCAUGCCCCUGCACUGUCCCCAGAGAUGCCCUCUUUCCCUACCCCCGAGCUGUCCCCGGGGUCUGACACGCCACACACCCCCACUGCGGUCCCAGAACCUUCUGGAUCCCCAGACCUCUCCUCCAGCCCAACCCUUACUACCCCCAACCUCACCACGACUCCUGAUCCCAGGACCGCCCACCCAACCACAGCCCCUCACCCUUCUACCACUCCUAAUCACAUGACCACCCACUCCUCCACGACCCCUCACCCCACGACCACCUACUCUUCCACUACCCCUCACCCUAUGACCACCCACCCCUCCACAACCCCUCACCCCACGACCACCCACCCCAACACCAGCCCCUACACCACAACCCCCCACCCCAACACCAGUCCUCAGCCGUCCCCCACCACGCCCUCUACCAGUACUCCAGGCCCCACCCCAACUCUUGUGGCCACCGGUAAUUCCCUCCCAGCCCCCCUGAGGACAGAACCUUCCUCUGCCACCCCACCUCUGAGGGCCCCACCCAGCUUGCACACCUCAUUGAUGCCAUCUAUGGGGUCCCCUCCCAACCCUGUGUCUCAGAGGCCAAGCCCUGAGGCCUGGGUAGCUGCCGAGCCCAGCCUCUCUGAGUCCUCUGCAGCCUCCAGCGCAGACCCCACAUCUCCUGAAAACCCGAAACAGUACAGGAGCCAGGCUCCUAGAUCAAGCCAUCCUCCCACCCAGAGUUUCCACUCGGCCUCUGACCCCACUGUGAUUUCGGGUCCCCACCCGGCCACCUCAGCCCAGCCCUUGGACUCCCCUGAACAGAUAACCGUGGGUCUGAGCCCGGGUCCUCUUGGUCCCUGUGUGGCCCCUGCACCCCCUGUCAGGGUCAUGGCUUGUGAGCCCCCUGCCUUGGCAGAGCUGGUGGCUGCGGUGCGGGAGGUGGGGGGGCAGCUGCAGAGGCUGACCUGGGCUCUGGAACAGGACCGGCAGGAGCGCCAGGCCUUGGGGCUGGGCCUGGUCCAGCUGGUAGAGGCUGCCCAGGGUCUGGGGCAGCUGGGGGAGGCGGUAAAGAGGCUGGUGGAGGUGACACGGCCUCCCAGCACCCCUGAGCCCCCUGUCACCACCCCUGAGGAGGAGAGGCCUCUGAGGGGAGAUGUGUGA